GAUCAAAUCAUAGAAUAAAAGAACAUUCCAAACGUCAAGUUGACAUGGAAAUGGAAAUCGCUUUCUAGAAAAUCCAAAAUAGAGCAGUUGUGAAAGUAAAUGAGAAUAGUGGAUUAAUAUACGUAUUCUUUGUCAUCUCAAUGGAUAUUAAGACGGAAAACCCCCCUUUCAAACACGAUUGGUACCAAACGGAGACAUCCGUGGUGAUCACAGUACUCCUUAAAAAUUUAAAAGAGGAUCAGCUUGCCAUUAAAUUCUCGGAUAAAAUAGUAGAGCUCAAUAUAAAAGCUGGAGAACAUAACCAAGAGAUCUCGAAAGUAUUCAAUCUUUCUCACGAUAUAGUACCCGAUCAAUGUAGUUACAGAUUAACAACUGUCAAAAUAGAGAUCAAAUUAAAAAAACUGGAAGGAUAUAGGUGGGAAAAAUUAGAAGGAGCGUCUGAUAAUGUCCCAAAAGCUAGAAUUGAACCUGUUGUUCCAAAAUUAGAUAAGCCACCUUCAUAUCCGACCUCUAAAGGUACAGAUUGGUCUGCUAUAGAGAAAGAUAUCAGUGUUCAGGAAGCCCAUGAGAAACCUGAAGGUGAGGAAGCUUUGAAUAAACUUUUUCAGGAUAUUUAUGGAAAGGGAAGUGACGAAGUCAAGAAGGCAAUGAAUAAGAGCUUUAUGGAAAGUGGUGGCACAGUGUUGAGCACAAACUGGAGGGAAGUAUCCAAAGACAAAGUAGAAUGUAAACCUCCAGAUGGUAUGGAGUUCAAAAAAUGGGAAUCGUAGAUUUGAUGAUUCCCUUUGUACAUUUAUAGAUAUCAUCAAAGAUUUUUCUGCUUAUGUUUUUUUUUAUUUAGGUUUUUUGAUAAUAAAUUAUGAAAUAUUGAA